AUGCCUGGUUUUUCUCAAUCAAACACCCCCAUCUCAAAAAUAAUCCACCAGUAUAUUUGGGCUGCUUCGGAGUUCUACUUUUCUUCAGAAUGCAACAAUGAAAGUCUAAAGCCCAUCCCUACUCACUGGUCUCCUCCCCCUCCAAAUUUCUUGAAAAUUAAUUGUGAUGCAUCUUUCCUUAAUUCCACAAAAGAAUCAGGUUGUGCUGUAGUUUGCAGGGACAGCCUGGGUGCCUGGGUUGUUGGUCUAGUAUGGAGAGGCUAUCAUGCUUCUAGUCAUCAUGCUGAAUUAAAAGCCAUUGAACUUGCGCUAAAAUUGAUCAAAACAAGAAAUUGGCAGAACAUCAAUGUUUAUUCGGAUGCUAAAAGGGUAGUAGAUGAAAUCAUCGCCCCUGGCUGUGAAUCUAAUGUUCCUUCAACAUUAUCAAAAUGCAGGGACCAUCUGCUUAUUACAGAGUAA